CUAGCAUAUCAUUAUUGACGAUGCAUUUUAGCCACAAGAAAUUUCUCACAAAGAAAAACAUCACAGAAUUGCCCUCAAGAUAUUCGCAUCAAACAAAUCAAUGUCAAGGAUAUUUUCGUCCUUUCACAUCUCAAUCGUACGAUCAAGUUUUCCUUCCAAAGCUUUCAAAUACUUGCACAUUUCUCACCCACACACACACACUCCGAUACUACACGCACUUGCUCCAAGCCUACAAUGGCGUUGCAAAUUCAUCAAAUCUGCCGGCCAAUUCCAUCGACAUCGUCGUCGAUUAGCUCAUUGCCGUCAUGUUUCGCAAAACAAUCCAUCGUCGCCGGAGACAUUCAUCAGUUUACGUCUCUGAUGAUUGCAAAUAAGAAAAACGGAAACAGGAAAGGAUUGAGCUCGUCGUUGACGGUGAGAUCGAGUUUGGAAACCGCCGGUCCCACGGUGGUUGUCGGCCAGGUGACGGAGGUUAGUCAAGACACGUUUUGGCCUCUGGUCAAUGCCGCCGGUGAUAAGAUGGUCGUUCUCGAUAUGUACACUCAAUGGUGUGGUCCUUGCAAGGUGAUUGCUCCAAAAUACAAACAAUUAGCUGAGAAGUACCUUGAUGUGGUCUUCCUAAAGCUUGACUGCAAUCAAGAUAACAGGGCAUUGGCAAAAGAGUUAGGAAUAAAAGUGGUUCCUACUUUCAAGAUUCUCAAAGAUAAUAAGGUUGUAAAAGAGGUUACAGGGGCUAAGAUUGAUAAAUUAGUUGGUGCAAUCGAGGAGGUUAGAUCAAGUUGAUAUAUACAUGAUUAUGGUACAUUUGUGUAUAAUGUUUAAGAAAUGAGGGUGUUAUUCCACUUUAAUCUAUGUAAGUUUUAAUUUGAUAGGAUAAUAUUUAAUCUAGUAUGUUAUAUAUUAAUGCUUUUCUACAUAAUACAAAGCAUGGUUGUUGAUCUUGAUCUUACGUGAAUUAUCAAUCUUAGCCCGAGUCUCAAAAAUUGACAACAUUUAAGAUCUUAAGAUUUUAAGAUCCUACAAGUGAAACACUAUUUAGGGGGUGUUUGGCUUAACUUUUUAAAGCACAAAAGUUAUUUUUGGAAAAGUUAUAAAAAGUCAGG